UCUUUCCACACCCUAUACAUUAGAAUAAAAGUGAUUAUGCGUCACAAACGGUUUAAAAAACUUGUUGUACAUUUCCAUUCGUAAUCGUUGACCAACCAAACCAUCCCCGCUCGGUACUUUCCCGUGGUUUCUAAACUUUACGCUUGAGUAGAUUUCAACAAUGGGCGAUUUCCCCAUUGCGUCUAAGAUGUGGUGUAAGAUAGAAACCAGUUUUAUUUUAUAUUUCCCGCACAGUUACUUGUGAUAUUCCUAUAUGUUGGUGCAAGUCUAGCGAAGAAUUUCUGCCAUCGUCCCCGCCGACUCAAGAAAAUGUGGAAAACACAAACGAAAAUGUUGUCGACCGACACAAGAGAUUUUCUGAAAAUUCAUAACUGUGCAGUUGAGCCUGCAAUACCAAGCUGCGUCUUGGGCGUUUUGCCGAGACAAAUACCACUCACGCUCAAAUGCAACAAUGUUAACGAACAGAGCAGUUUCACGACCGUUCUAUGCUUGAAAUGCAAGGGAAUUUACACUAAGAAGUCAAGUGGACAAAACAUGUUCAAAAAAAUCAAACUUCGGAAUAAAAUUGGAUACCAUUGCCCACGGAACCUUACUAGUCGAUCGCUGGAGACAAAAGACACCGUGAAGAACACUGGAGAUCAACGAAUCUAUGAAGUGGUUUUACCGAAGAUGUGUUAUUGCGAAAAGAAGACAUAAAACAUUAACUUAAAUACUGGUCUGUAUUUUUGGUUUAGUGCUGCUAUUGAAAACAACCCCCCAGUUUCGAAUACGAUUUUUUUUUUAUUUAUACAAUUUGUACAUAUAGUACUGUGGGGAAAACGGGACAUUUUUAGCACAU